AUGGAGCCCCGACACAGGGCUGCAACUGCCACAUUUCACCAACGCUGGCCAGCCCAGGUCCUGCUGUGGGUCUCAGCUCUGAGCUGUUCUUUCUCUUCUCCGGCUUCUCUCCCUCCUUCUCUGGUACCCCGAGUCAGAAGCAGCUACGCUCUGGGAAGGACGUUCCUCGGUCUUGAUAAAUGCAAUGCCUGCAUCGGGACAUCAAUUUGUAAGAAGUUCUUUAAAGAAGAAAUAAGAUUUGACAACUCACUGGCUUCCCACCUGGGACUGCCUUCUCAGGACUUGGUAUCUUAUGCUGCGAAUUACACAGACGAUUCUAAAACCUGGCGCCCUGUGGAGAUUUCUCGACUAGUUAGUAAAUACCGAAGUGAUAUCUCUGACAGAAGGAUCUGUGCCUCUGCAUCAACUCCAAAGACCUGCAGCAUUGAUCGCAUCCUUCGGAAAACAGGGAGGUUCCAGAAAUGGCUGCAGGCCAAGCGCCUCACACCUGACCUGGUGCAGGGCCUGCCAAGUCCCUUCCUGCGUUGCCCUUCACAAAGACUCUUGGAUCGUGUGGUUCGACGCUAUGCCGAAGUGGCUGAUGCUGGCAGCAUUUUCAUGGACCACUUCACCGACCGUGACAAGCUGCGUCUCCUCUACACGCUGGCUGUCAAUGCACACCCCAUCAUUUUGCAGAUCUUCCCUGGGGCAGAAGGCUGGCCAAUGCCCAAGUACCUGGGCUCCUGUGGUAGAUUCCUGAUCAGUACCAGCACCAGGCCACUGCAAGAAUUUUAUGAUGCACCUCCAGAGCAAGCUGCUGACCUUGCCUACCAACUCCUCGGGGUCCUGGAAUCCCUGAGGAGCAAUGAUUUAAACUAUUUCUUCUACUUCACCCAUGUUGAUGCAGGCAUGUUUGGCAUCUUUGACAAUGGGCAUCUGUUCAUCCGGGAUGCCAGUGCACUAGGCAUCAUCGACAAGAAGGAAGGCAGCCAAGCAGCUGCUGGGACUGGAGAGAACGAAGACAUUUUUAGCUGCCUGGUUUCUGGUUACCAGGGCCAGAUGUCCUCCUGUGACACUAUCCCUGAGAAGCAAAGCCAAGUGCUGGCAUGUCAGCAGUUGCUGCCUCAACUUCUUCGGGGAAAGUUUCCCUCCCCUGUGCAAGAGGAAAUAGACUCUGCUCUCAGCCUGUGUAGCAAGGAUUCCAGCACAGACCUGGAAGUUCUCGAAGCCACCAGUCGGCUGAAGGACAUCUUGAGACCUCUGAGAACCUGUGAUCCUAGAUUUGCCUACCGUUACCCAGACUGCAAAUACAAUGACAGGUUUUGAGUGACUGGGGCCUCACUAGCCUGAAGGGACAAUCCAUAAGCUCUUCCAUGUCCUUGGUUGAGUUGCUGCCAAAUUGUAAAAAGCAAUUCAAUUUUAAAUAUUUAAGUACAUUCGUUUCCUAAGAAGCACUCAAAACUAGUGAGAGAACCCCUGACACUGCAUGAUUGGUAUCACUGGCUAGUACACCAUGGCAGAGUCAGGAGGUAGACAUAGGAAGACCCAGGUGUGAACACUCAAUGUCUUUGAACCUCCGUUAGACUGUCGCAAGUUAAAGAAAAUAGAGAUAUGAAGGGCACAGAAAUACA